GGAGAGGGUUGCGGGGGAGGCAAGGCUGUGGCAACGGCACAUGUGCCUACAGAGAGGGCUCCGAGUGCCGCCUCUGGCACCCGUGCCAUAGGUUCGUCACCACUGUUAUAGACCUUGCAAGUGUUUUUUAGAUAAAGGUAAAUAUUUUCAUAUUGGAUUCUGAUAAUCUAAUAUUUGAUACAAAUGUGGAGAACUGCAUAGCUGUUCUUAUCUUACAUCUAGCCCUCUGAAUAAUGAAUAUAGUGGAUAUGCUGCAAUAGAAAACAUGUUUCUACAUGCAGAAGAAGUAUAUAUAAUAUACAAGUCAGGAUGGUACUAUUAUAAUUUAUAGUAUAUUAUUCAGUUUGAAUCUGUAAUCCAAAAACUGUGUUAUGUUUUUGGAUAUAUUAAAAAUAUGCUGAACACACAUAUGCUGAAUCCCGUAUCAAAGCAGGACAGUCUUCCAGUCCUUGCAAAUACAUUUUUACACAUUAGUAUUUUCUUAAGACAAACUCAUGAGAAAAUAUCUAUUGUUCAGUGAAUACAAUUCAUGUAAUACUCCAGGAAUAAAAUGUUUUAAUGUUUAGAUAGCUUUUUGAAGGCUUAAAUUCUUACAUGAAAUUUCAAGGCUUUCUAUUUUUUUUAAAAAGCACAACAUUGAAAAAUAAUGGUAAUAUAGUUGAAUAAUAGAAAUAAGGAGUAUGAAUAAGGCAGGAAGAUGUUAUUUUAUAAAAAGAAUCAGGUCAAAAUGAAAAAAAAGCAUGCCAAAAGAAUAUAAACUGAACAGCUAAAGUAAGAGACAAAAUAAGAAUAGGACAGAUUUAAGAGUGCUUUUGUGAUGCAAUUAUGCAUGCUUGUUUAAUUAAAAUGAAAAGCAAGGACUAAACCUUAGCAGGAUUUUUUGUUUUCUCCUAAGAUCGUUAAAAAUACAAAGAUUUUGUUUUUUCCUAGGUGUAUUGUUAUGGGGAAAGACGAUAUAUUAUUAAUAAUAGUAAUAAUAAUAAUAAAUAUAAGGUGCAUAGUUUAUAAUAGCAACAAAAUAGAAUGUAAGUAGUGUUUUCAUUUUUGUCAUAUUUUCUGCUGUACAGAAUAAGAUCUAUAAUUUAUAUGUUUUAAUAACAAAAUUACAAUAGGACACUGAAAAAUGAGCUUAAAUAUGUAUCAACAAGGUAUCAAAAUGUACAAUUUCAUACACAAUCAAAAUCAUUAAUGUCAAUUUAGCAUAACAGUCUUAAAAUUGAGCUUUUGAUCUAAAUUAUAAUAAAUGAAGCCAUAUAUAUUUAUUUUUAUUUUUUUCCCAACAAACUUUAUUCAGUUUACAUUUUAAAUAUUUUAUUUACAAUACAGUGAAGAAUGCAAAAUGCAUCUAGCCUUGUUUAAUUAGCUGAUCUAGAAAACUGGAAGUGCAUAUUAGACAUUCAUUUUGCCUUGUGAAAAUACGUUUAAACUCUCAUCUACAUUUUUAUAAUAUUGAUAUCUUUUAUUGGAUAGCUUUUGCAUUAGAGUGGUUUUCCAACAUAUCUGCCACCAUGUGGAGAUAUUUUCCUGUGUUCCACACAGACUACCUACAUGGCUGCAAUUAAUAAAAUUUUCUAAAAACUAUACUCUAGAUUAUUCUGGUUCAUCAAAAAACUUAAUGAAGUUAGCGUUGGAUUUAAUAGUCUUACUUUAAUGAAAAUUUUAGUCCCAAGAAGUUGAAUCUUUACAAGAUCACCAUAUAGAUGCCUUUUACUUUACAUUUCCUCCAUUACAUGGAAUUUACACUAGAAUUUAUCAUAACUUUUCCUUGGGUUUUAAUAACAUCUAUGAAAUAUUUUCCACGAGUUUUCCUUGAUUUUUGCUAAAACCAAUUUUCUUCCUUUUUUGUGGCAGUUGGAAGUCAUUGUAGAGAUGUUUUAUAUUUAAUUCCUAUAUUGUUUUCAACCCAUUCUAAAGCUUGAUCUUCAUAAUGUUGUAAUUUUAUUAAUGUUUUCCCUUUGUCUUCUUAGAUGAUGAAUUUAGCCAAAUUUCAGAUUUAGUCAUAGCUUUAGUCAAUUGUGUUCUAACAGCUUGGAGUUGCAGCUAAGUACAAAUUUGAUGUAUUUGAAACUAUGAAUGAGACAAAUUCCCUGUAUUUAUUUCUAAUUGUUUUCUAAAUAGGUCUAUCAUGUAUUUUUUAAAAUCGGCCUAUUAUUUGAUACUGUUUAAUUUUACUCAUCAUAAAAGUUAUGCUGAAAUAUGAAGAUUGAAAUGAUGAUUGUGGAUUUAAUUUAGGGAACCAUCUUUUUCAAUUUUUUACAUGUUUAGAACUUUUUAUUCUCCAGCAUGAUUAAGAAGAAUCCACCAAUGGGUUAUCUUAGUCCUACUGCCCAAUCAGACCAUGUUGUCAAGUUGUCACGCCUCCUCAUUAUCUGGGAACCUCCCAGUUUUCUUCUUGGUCUUCGCCCAUUACAGACGUGAUUUCUUGACUCUCUCUACGUUGGAGCAGGUCUGAUAGAAAAUUUACUCAUUGGUGGAUUCUUUAAAAGAGUUUAGCAGCUUAGUUGAGAGUUUUGUUUUCCCCUCUGUAAGGAUUUGCUGCAUUCCCCUCCUCAGGGUUAGGUUAAAACUUUCUAAGGAAAGGGGGGGUGGGUUUUUCACUUCCCCAGAUUCAGUAUCCUGCUGAAUCAGCAAACAAACCUCACCCUACACAGUGGGGGGGGGAGGUUUAACCUAUUGCAUUUCAAAGGUGUUGUUAAAAACAAAACAAAAAAACCCCCUCAGUUUCACGUGCGUGCGGUUCCUUUCCUUGCUGCUUUCAGUUUUGCAGCCUCUGCUGCUUUCAGUUUUACAGCCUCGUGGCUUCUCCCUAGCCGGGCUCGGCUAGGGACUCUUAGCAGCAGCCAUUUGAAUUUCAAAAGGCCUAAUCUCACUUCUAAACACCUUUUUUACUGCUGCAACAAAGGAAAGCCCAACGGUGGCCUUACAAUCACCUAAAGCCACUGUGGAAGCAUUAGAAGCCUCGUGGGGCAGCAGUAAAGCUUUUUGCACCUAACGGCUGUUAGGCACAAACCCCUGCUUCUCGGGCCAAAGCAGAUUCCAAUUGGCCUCGUUCGUGGCAGUCACUGGCCCUUUGCACUGCAGCAUUAAUCCCUCGCCAUUUUGAAUUAAAAAUAAUAAAAUAAAUAAAUAAAUAAUAAGUAAAUAAAUCUAAAUUGAAUGCAAUAACGGGGGUGAACUACAAAUGUUAAUUGUAUUAAACUAGAUUGAUUAACAAAAUUGCUGGCUCCUUCAUUUGAGUCUCAGUUUCAGCCAUUUCCUGAUCCAUGCACCUGUGAGCAAGAGUGUGGUACCAACAGCAGCUCUGGUUCUUCAGCCUGGUCGCCAUAUUGCCUGUCUGCCCUUCUGCAUCUGGUGGCUGUUCCAGCAUCCUAACCAUCGCCACUACUGUGGGACACAUGUGAUUUUUCUCCACGUAGGUCAGUCCCCCGCGGGGGCCUCUGACGUCCCUUGCAGAACGAAUCAGUCCAAAGGCAACCUUGGGUUGAUUUCGAUGGAAAUGGCAGACCCUUCUGAGCCACGUUCCUUGGACAUGGACGUCAUUCCCGCCUCAACUGAGCCGACACCCGAGCCUCCAUCAGGUAAGGCGAGGUCCAAGUCUAAACACGGCAGGAAAGCUGGCACGGCGAGCGACAAACUGGCUGAACGCACCCACAGAGCUCUGGAGAAGCAAUACUCCCGGGCCCAACGCUUGUCUGCUGAAGGAGGUCUCACGUUGCCAACCUCCGUACCACCGGACAGGGGAGAGCCUCAACCAUCCACAUCCAGAUUAUGGUCGCCGGAGACGGGGUAUCAACAGGUCCCAACUCGGACUCUUGGUCAGGUAGGCCCACCCGUGUUUGGGGAGAACUUUGCCUUGCCAGGUUCAUCUGCAGCACCCACUGCUGCCAGCACGCCACCUGCUGCGGGGUUAAGGCUUCCGCUAGAGCAGUCCGUCUCCGACCAGCUCCAAAUGUGGAUAUCACAGGCAGUGUGCCAAGCCAUGGCAUCAGCGAGUCAUCAACAAGCCCCCUCCGUUCCAGGACCAUCCUCCUCUUCGGCACCAACAACUGCCGUGAGGCCUCCACUGGAUCAGUCAGACUCUUCAGGCCCACGGCUUCCUGAUCAACUUCAAAAAGAGCCAGAUGAAUCCAUCUACCAGUCUGCUUCACCUGGGAGCAGUAAUAGACACGGAAUCAUGUCAUGUGUACCUGUCAGAGGAGAGACGCAGGAGCAUCAGGGACUUGGCUCGCAAGGUACGCGGGGACAGAACCGUGGCAUUAGCCACGCUUUCUCAGCUCCUGGGCAAACAGAUCUCAUGUAUAGCAAUCGUGCCGUGGGCUCGGCUACAUACCCGGGAGCUUCAGUGGUUUCUUCUCCCAUACCAAAGACAGCAUACCAGUACGUCCAACAGACGGGUUCGGGUUCCCCGUCAAGUAUGGUUUUCCCUUGGCUGGUGGACUUCAUCAGCCGUCAGCAAAGGGACCCUGUUCAAAGAACCCAACCGCCUUCAGGUGACCACGGACACCAGUCUCUUCGGCUGGGGGGCUCACCUCCAAUCCCGGAUAGCUCAGGGUCGGUGGUCGCAAGCAGAUCUCAAACACAACAUAAAUUGGUUGGAGCUCAGAGCGAUUUAUCUAGCUCUUCAAAAAUUCCACACAGAAGUCAGGGGCCAGCAUGUACUGAUUCAAACAGACAACGUGGCUGCAAAGGCCCACGUGAACCGGCAGGGGGGCACACGGUCGAAAUCCCUCAUGACAGAAGCCCGAGCAUUGGGCACCUGGGCAGAGAAACACCUGCUCUCCAUCAGAGCCGAACACAUUUCAGGGGAGGCAAAUCGACAGGCAGAUUUCCUCAGCAGGUCGACAAUAGAUCAUUUGGAGUGGAUGCUUCAUCCAGAUAUCUUCAGGGAGAUAUCAGCCAAAUUCGGCAGUCCGAUCAUGGACCUGUUUGCCUCCCCGGAGAACGCUCAGCUUCCCAGAUUCCUUUCCCGGUUCCCUUCUCGGGGAGCAGAGGGAACGGAUGCACUUCGCAGCAGGUGGCCACAAGGCCUAUUGUAUGCCUUCCCCCCAUUGCCUCUACUUCCUGCAGCAAUCAGGAAGCUCCUGGAGGAACAAGUGGAGGUGAUCUUCAUCGCCCCUUACUGGCCCAGGAGACCAUGGUUCGCAGAUCUGGUGAGUCUUUCAUUUUCAGCUCCAUGGAGGAUUCCCGACAGCCAAAUAAGGCUGAUACAGGGAAAUCUACAACAUCCAGAUCCACAAUGGCUUCAACUGACCGCCUGGCACUUGAACGCCGCGCCCUAACCAGGGAAUCUUACUCAGCGGAGGUGAUUGCUAUGAUACAGGCGGCCAGGAGACCGGCAACGAACCGGCUUUAUGACCAUACGUGGAAGCAUUUCGGUCAAUGGUGUGAUAAGAAACACGUAAGUCUGUCACAGGUGAUGAUUCCCAGGGUCCUGGAAUAUUUAAUGGAGGGCGUCAACAAGGGGUUGGCACCCAACACUUUGCGCAGACAGUUAGCAGCCCUGUCCUCAAUUUUGUCAUGGGACUCCUCAAGCUCCUUAUCAAGACAUCCAGCCAUUCGGGCUUUUCUUAAAGGGGUCUCGAAUACCAGACCGCCUGUUAUUCACAGGUAUCCCUCCUGGAACCUACCCCGAGUGCUUCAAGCUCUAAUAUCUUCUCCUUUUGAACCACUCAAAAUGUGCUCAUUACGACAUUUGUCAUUCAAGGUCUCCUUUCUCAUUGCCAUUACCUCGGCCAGGCGCAUUUCAGAGUUAGCGGCCUUGUUGGUUAGAAAAGACCUAUGCACAUUCCACGAGGAUAGGGUAGUUCUCAGGCUUGACCCUUCAUUUAUUCCAAAGGUUAACACGGUUUUCCAUAGGGCACAGGAGGUUAUCCUCCCAAAUUUUUGCCCUCACCCGUCACAUGAAUUGGAACAACGCUGGCACACUUUGGACAUAAGGAGGGCCUUGCGAUGUUAUAUCAAGCACACUAAGCCCUUCCGUAAGUCAGAAACCCUAUUUGUGUCCUUUCAGCCUUCAUCUAUGGGGCAAAAGGUUUCAGUUUCCACCAUAGGGAGGUGGAUAAGGGCCUGUAUUUCAAGCGCUUAUGUUUCCCUGACCUUACCAGUUCCUCCUCAUGUGACGGCUCACUCUACCCGCAGUGCUGCUACAACUGCGGCGUGGGCAACACAGGCAUCCAUUGAGGACAUAUGCAGGGCGGCGACAUGGUCGUCGCCAUCUCCAUUCAUUAGACAUUACCGUUUAGACAAGUUUGCUUCGGCUGAGGCCGCCUUUGGUAGACGUAUCCUACAACAAGUAGUCACACCAUCUGGGGGCCCGGCCCCUACUGACUCCCACCCUUAGGGACUCGAGAAGCUUUGGUACGUCCCAUGGUGAAUUCUUCUUAAUCAUGCUGGAGAAGGAGCGUUGGCUUACCUGAACGCCUUUUCUCAGCAUGAUGAAGAAGAAUCCACGCCCUCCCUAAGUAGAAGUCAGUCAGGUCCAGGUGGGAUGGUUGUUCUGUUAGUUGUCGUUACUACCUGCUUGAGAGUCAUCACGUCGUACUGUUGUCAAUGGCUUCGCCCGUCGAUGAAAACUGGGAGGUCCCCAGAUAAUGAGGAGGCGUGACAACUUGACAACUUGGUCUGAUUGAGCAGUAGGACUAAGAUAACCCAUUGUGGAUUCUUCUUCAUCAUGCUGAGAAAAGGCGUUCAGGUAAGCCAACGCUCCAUAUCUUUCAUUUUUAAUGACCAUUCCUGGCAAAAGGAAAUGCCUUAAUUUUUUGCUAGUGCUACAUGUAUGCAGUCGAUCUUUAACCAAGAUAAAUUCUUCUAAAUUUAUCAAGCCACACAAUGUUAUUGAUAGAGUUCUUAAUGCUCUUAGCUUGGUUGCAGAUGUUUCAUUACCCAACUAGGUAACAUUAUCAGUAUCCUUGGAUAAUGAAAUACUUGCAAACAAACAACCAGCUCAGAGAGCACCAAAAACUCUACAGUUUAUUACUGAGCUACAAAUAUUCUCUUCUGUGAGAAUGUGAUAACCAUGUGUCUUACUGCUGCUUUUGUACCAAGCUAUGACAAUUUUGACCACUCUGUCAUUUUCCUAACUGAAUAAUUAAUUAAUGGAUUGCACCAAUAAAUUCUAUAGGAGAAUGUCAGGGUAAUUGUCUGAGAGGUAAACUUGAAACAAAUAUGACUUCUUCAGCAGGAUAAUAAUCCUAAACACGCAAAUUCAUCAAAUUGAAUGGAUGUAACAGAAGAAACUGCAUUUACAAAAGCCAAAGCAAAACUCUCACCUUAAGCUAACUGAUAUCUUUGGCAUGGUUUGAAUGAAGCAUUUUAUGUAGAGGAAUUCCAAAAUACCUGCAGGCAUUGUUUAAUAGACACAAGUACCACUGGCUAUUAAAACUAAGCUUUACAUGCUCACAAAAGGCCACAAUAUAAUAAUUCAGUGUGUUCAGUGAAGAAUUGGAUUUUUUGUUGUUGUAUAUCUGUUUAUUUUCAUCAAAUCACCAGAAACUCUUUAUUAAUAGGAUUUAGAUAGGAUUCAGUCUAUAUUUUAGGUCAUAGGUUCCCAAUCUUUUGGACACCAGGGACCAGUUACCUGGAGAGACGUUUUUCUACGGACUAGAGGGGGUGUGGUUUUGUGUUCUGCCUGCAUCCUGCGGAUGGGGCUUUGCUUGUUGUCUAGAGCGGUUGAUGGUAUGCCGCGGACUGUUACCAGUCCAUGGACCGGGGGUUGGGGACCCCUGCUGUAGAUAACAGUAUUGCAGGAUUACAAAUAGUUAAAGGUUUCACAAAGUUAUUUUCACCACUAUAGGGACAGUGGGAGAAUUAGAAUUUUCCAAUAAGCAAUUGUAUGUCAAUCAGAAUGAAAAAUAGAAUUUGGCAGUUAAUAGAUAAGUGGCUUUAGCUGUCCAUGAUCUUGUUAUCCAUUUUUUCACAUUUUCACACUUGGAAAACACUGAUCAAACUUCGUUUAUUUUAAGCGGUUUUACUCACAGUUUUGGAGUGGAUUUUGUAAAUGUUAUGGAUGUGCAUCCAUAGUAGAUGAGCUUUUAUGCAAGUAUACAGUAUAUUGCUUUUAUAUUAUUAUGAUAUUAUUAUCUGGGCAGUUCCUAUCUGUAAUUCAGCUAAUUCAGAUAUGCCACAAAUAACAGUAUUGGAUAUGUUUAGCUUUCAGGAAAAUAUAUACAUGAGGCAGGUUUAUCAUUAAGAUAAGUUAGGAAUUUCAAAAGUCCAGUGGUGCAAGGUAUCUUGUACAUCAUUUGCAUCUGUUUCUCAUUCUUGUUCAUUGGGCUUCUUCUUUUGUUAGAUUGUCUUACUUAUGAAAUGGUGUUUCCACUAUUGUUUCUAUUGUGGAGUCUCCUUCUUUUGAAUAGAUAAAGCUUCAUUUUCUCUUAUAAAUUGAAAUGUGACCACUUACUCCAGUCUUCUGAUUACUUUUUCAAGUGAUAGGUAGUCCUCAAGUUACGAAUGCAAUGGAGCCUGUCCAUUCCAUUCGUAACUCGAAAAAUUGUGGGAGUGAAUCUCAUGCCUCGAAUGAGAUCGCUCCCUGCUGGUUAAGAUGCAUGCAGCUUGUUAACGUGCACAUAAGGUAUCUUAUGGGUCGGACACGACUUCAUAACUAACAACAACAACAAGGUAUGUCGCUGGGGAAGGCCAUGGAGGGCCUAGUGAUGGCACAGGCCCCCAAGGCCUCCCCAACCCACUAAGAUAUCUCAUGCUUUCCCCUCCCUUCUUACCCUGCUAGACUCAGUUACCUUGCAAAAUAUGUCUCCUCUCUGUCAUGGUUUCUUUCCCUUUGAGGAAGAGGAGAGUUGGCUUAAAAAUGCUUUUCGUGCCAACAGUAGAAGGUCUUGGGUGCUGUAAUAUUGUGUGAGUUCAAAAGAGAUCAUGGUCCCCAGAAGCUUCCAUUCUGAGGGGGGGGGGAGAGUGUUUGCUUCGUUUGCUUCCCCAUGGGCAAAGCAUGGAAUUGGAAUCAACUGGGUGCAGGAAUGAAUGCUGUCCAUGACCCGGUUGUGCUGCUUGCUUGUUCGCGUGCGCCAGCCUUAGUUUGAGGGUAGGAACAAAGCCUUCAACUGAGCGGGGAGACAUCGUGGGGUGUCCAAGUUGCUUGAGGCAGUGGCAGCUACCUGAGUGGCCAUGAUCUCCCCUCCCCGGCCAGCCACCCAGCCCAUCCGACCUACUCCUUGUCUGAGCAGCUGGUACCCAAAUCCUGACUGCUCUUAUCCUUGUCGUCCUCCCAACUCAAGCAGCGGACAGUGGAGAAACUCAAGCUGCUGCCGCUAAAAACACUUUUUAUCUGAACGGAGACCUAGUCUGUGUGCUAAUGCAAUGCUUGAAAACACAGUGAUUUGCUCUGUUUUUCAAGCGUUGUAUUCGCACACAGAUGUAGCUCCCCAUCUCCUCAACUCUCUGUUUGGAUAAAAGAUGUUUGAGCGCCUAUGGGAGCCAUUGAAACACAGCGAUUCACUGCAUUUCUAAGUCCUUACGCAUUCAAACACUUUUUAUCCAAAUGGAAAGCUUGGGGAGAUGGGAAGCUCCUUCUUUGUGUGAAUGCAAUGCUUGAAAAUGCAGCAAAUCUCUGCAUUUCUAAGGAUCCCAUUGGUGCUCAAAACAGAGACCUUGGGGAGAUGGGGAAUUUCAACUGUGAGGAAAUGGGGCAGUUAAAAAUGCAGCAUUUUCAAGUGUUGCAUUUGCACAUAGACAGAGCUCCCCAUCUCUCCAAGGUUUCCCUUCAGGUAAAAAGUGUUCAGGUGGUGGCAGAAAGGAAUUGGGGGCGGGAGCAGGAGACAGGCAUAGAGUUUGCGCCGAAAAUGAAAGUUUCUGGGGUCUGUGAUCUCAUGAUAGUUCUCUGCAAAAGAGGAUGAGUGCCUGAACUUAUGCGAUAUUACGGCAUCCAGGAGCUUCCAUUGACUCUCCUCUCCCUCAAAGGCAGAAAUCGUGGCAGAGCGGAGACAGAUCUUCUCAAGGUGGGUCUGCAUGGCAGUAAGGGAGGGAGAAGCAGUUGUGAAGAGCAGGGGGGGGGGGUAGAGUGAAUGUUGUAGAGCCUCUGCAGUCAUUUGUAAGGGUGAACAACUGCGUGGUGCUGCAAGAUUCGUAAUUUUGGGAUUUUCUUGUAAACACUGGGGGGGGGUAUUUAUCGUGGAUUAUCUGUACUACAAAUUUAUGCAUGACUGUUGUAAGAUAGGAACACAAACUUCCUACAAGCUUUGUAACUCAUACUACUGUUUAUUCAUUAGUUUUGUAAUGGCACAUCACUUUAAAGGGUUAUAUUUCCUAUUGUUUUUUUCCCCUCAGGCUGAAAUUAAUCAUAUAUAAAUGUAUGGCUUAAAUAAUUUAUUAAGAAAAAAUACAGUUCUUGGUUUGUUCAUGUCAUUACUUGUUAGAUUGCUCACCAGAUUAGUUCAUAAGGCUAUCUACAGAUUCUGUCUUCUAAUGACCACUCCAAUUAUUCUUCUUUGCAGGUACAAUUCCCACAAUCCUAAAGGAGGACGAAGGAAAGUCCUUACUUAGGAAAAUUGUUGCUAGACUCUCAACUGAUAUUAAUAACUAUUGGCUAGUGUCCAAUAGUUGAUACUUAGUCAAGGUAAAAAAGUAGAUCUCCAGCUGCAACCCUCAGACGAACAGAUUACCUUGAUCUUUUCCAGUUUGUUUAUAUUUGAAUAUGGCAUGCAGAUGUGCCCUUGAACAUGUUGUUCAAAAACAGAACCAGAAACGAAAGGAUUCUGGAAAUUUAAGCAGCUUUUGACCAGACAAUGUUAUCUUGUAGGAAUACAUGGGAGCUCUUCAAUUAUUCUGUAUCUGUCUCUCUGGAUGUAAACAGAAAAUGAAAAACUUUGUGAAGCAAUCUGGAAGGUUCUAUAUUAGAUGUUAUUUAACAUCUAAUAAAGUAACCAGGAAAGAUCAUUUGCAGGUUUGGAGAUAGUUGUCAUCAGUAUGGCAAAAGCACUCAGGUUUACUUCUCCUUUUUCAGAGAGGGAAAUCUCCAGAUUCCUAGUAUCUCCAAACUACAAAGAACUCCUAAAUAAACAGACAGGAAAGCUAACAAGAGUUUGACAAUAGAGUUUAGUAAGCAGUCCAUACCAAAUUAACAAUUCUGUCUACAGAAAUAAGCAGUAAACUGAAAGAGAUUUUCUUGCCGUUGAAAUAGCUGUAUAAAAUUUGAGUAUAUUGCUAUCCACAUCCUGUAAAAGGAUAAGAAUGUUACAGUUGCUGAAUUAGGCCAGAGUUUCUAUCCAGAGCACAUCAAGGCCUCAAAGUUCACAACUAUCGGGUCUUGAUGGAAGUAAUUGGAUCUUGUUUAUUUUCAGUAUCUUUUGCCUUUGAACUUUCAAGUUCCUUUAGUUAUUGUGCCUAAUAAUUGUUGAUUGACUUGUUUGUCAAUGAAAAGAGAUCAAGUGACAAGCUUCCAUUUCUUUUGCUUGACUGUGGUUAAUCUGGCUGGGAAGAAAAUACAAUUCCUUCUUUGGAUGGUCAGUCUUUAUCCCCAUUCUGCUUUCAGAAAGAAUGUGCAGCAGACUGCUGUCAACCCUGCAAAUAUUUGUUAAACAGACUCAUUGCAAUAGUUUAUCCAUUUGUGAGCCAGUCUUUGGGACAAGUUAUUAAGCAGCAGAUUCUAAAACUAUUAUAGCUUCUUCAGCUAUGUUCAGAUUCCUAGCAUUUCCUGAAUUUCACCUUUUGGCUGUAAAAAGGAGGAAAUUCUAAAAAAAAAAAAAAAAGUGGAGUGAUGAAAUUGAAAUUCCAAAUGUCUAUAAUAAGAAGUUAUGUCUUUCCUCUUCACUCAGCUAGAUCUCCAUAAAGCAGGUCAGUGCUGUCAUUCACGAUUAAUCCUAGAUAAGCAUAUUUUAUGAGCAGCUGAACUUGAAAUUACAAGGCACUGCCUUUAGGUUGACGUCCUGUUUGACUUCCCAGGUAAGGAGGCCACCUGAAAGGAAAGGAAGUCAGCCUAUGCCCUGCCCACUUUUUCAUUCAGUGCCUGAAUUGCCAGCCUCCCAUCAAAUCUCUUCCGGUCCCCUCUCCUUGACAUAUGUUCCCCAUCUCACUCCUCUAUCAAAUAGUCCCAAGCAAUUAAUGAAAUAAAAAAUGAAGUAGUUCUCUAUCAUCACUAUUUUCCUCUAUUGCUUAUAUCCAAGAAGUCUUACUGAAGAGGAUCUGAGGUUCCUUUUGUAAUUAGGAAGCAGAUGUGUAGAAGCUUGUACUAGUCCUAUAAUGAGAACUGGCAGAGCAAUUGUUAGCUUCACAAUCUGUCUAAAAAUGGUAAUUCAGAUGCUAUUUCCCAAAUGCUUGAGAACUGGAAGAUAGUCAGUGUGACACUAGUUUUUAAAAAGGGACCUGGAGAGAUCGAGGGAAUUACAGGCUGGUUAGGUUAGUGUGUCUUCUGUAUAAAUUGCUGGAAUAAGUGUUUCUGAAGAAAGAUCAUGGAUUCUACAAAAAUAACCAAACUUUUGAGAUUUGUAAUGUGUUUAUGUACACAUGGACGAAGAUAAUCCCAUCAGAACAGUAUACUUGAAUUUCCAAAAAGCCUUCAAUAAAGUUCCUUGUUGAAAUCUGAUGGCUUUCAGGAACAAUGUCUAUGCUUCCAGGACAAUCACUUUCCUUCUACCAUGUUUAUCUUCUCAACAAUGGGAGGAAGAGCUAUGUUGACCUCCAACUAUUUCUGUGUUUCACCCAUCUUCAAAUUUGCCCCUUACAAGUUUGAUAUAUGUACAUCUUCCCUUUAAAUUCAGUUAUCAUUUAGCUUUAUAGCUUUCUCCAACUUUGUGUCAAUAAUUAACAUAGAUAAUCUUAUCAAGACUUGGCUGAACCUUUGUGUUUCCUUCUCUGACAUCUGGUAUUACUGAUACUUCUGCAUCCAUGAAGGGAACAUUUCUUCCAAGCAGAUUAUUCUGUACUGGGCACAUUGCAACAUAUCAAUGGGCUGGAUCUAUUAGGAUCUAUUAAGCUGGAUCUUUGAGGGCACUCAAAGCUUUUGAAAGCUUCCCCUGAGAUCAAACUAACCAAAUUGUGUUAGGCAAUGCUAUGUAAAAUCUGCUUCAUUUUUGCAUCUCAUGUUUUAGAUGUGGCCCUGAUGUAUUCUACAUUUCAUUUUUAUUUUGGAAUACUAUAGAUAAUAGAUCAGCAGUGUUCUGACUGACUAGCUCAACUGUACCCAGUCAGUCACUCAUGAAUGGAGAUUUCAGCUCAUAGUUAUUUUCUGUAUCAGGUCCCUUUGUGAGCCGUACCACAUACUCAUUAAGGUAUUGGACUGGGGUUGCAGAGACCUAGUUUCUAGUCUAUCCCCUCUCUCUAUUUCUCUCAAUCAAACCUAUCUCAAAGGUUGUUGCGGAAAAAAAUGGAAGGAGCAUUAUAUAUGCAUCCUUGAGCUCUUGUGGUAGACUCUCCAACUAGCCUGGAGAGAGAGAUGAAGAGGAGCUGAAAUUAAUGUCAGGAAAAGCAACCAGAAUCACUUGUGAAGAGUCUCAACAAUAUUUUAUUGCUAGUUAACAUUCCACAACAGCUCCUAUACAAAAGACUAGAUAUAACCAGGGCUUUUUUUCUCACAGAAUGCCCAAAAUGGAGUUCCGGCACUUUUUUGGGUUGGAAACUUGUAGGGUAGGCAAGGCGGGUUGUAUGACGUGUGUGAGUUCCGGCACUUUUUUUUUUUUUUUAAGAAAAAAAAGCACUGGAUAAAACUCACAAAAAUAAAUAAAUACUGAGGUUGAUUUUGUCUCAAAACCUUGUCAGCCAAACUAAAGGAGUUCUUCCUGGCUUGUUACAAGACCUCUGUAAGACCUUUUUUCGCAACUAGAUAUAAACCUUGGUCAAAUUGCACAAAAAUAAAGUUUUCCUUCAAGGUAUUAUCUACUUGAACUUUGCCAGUUAUUUUGGGUUAGCAUCUACCUGCAGUCAGUGUUGUCAUGUUUGUGCCAGAGGAAUACAGUGUUUGAGACAACAGUGUUUUUUUAAAAAUCACUUUAUGACUAUGAGACUUCAUAUAAUAAACUAGAUACCAUCGCCACCCCUUCUGUUGAAUUGCAAAAAUUGUAGUGAGAAUUUUUGCAGCUAGAAUACUUCAAAUAAUUAUCUAUGAAUUCAUUUAUCUUGCUGUCCUACCUCAUUUUGUUGGUGAUAUCUAUGUUCCUGCUAUGUGGAUCUCACAGGAACUGAGUAUUCCAGAAGGGGCAAUCUCUAGUCACAUAUGCAAGGAAGGUGGGACUCCUAGCAAGAAUUCUUUAAUUUCUGGUAGAUUCUUAGCAGUCUCUUUCCAGGUACCUAAGGAGUACAUUUAUUUAUUUAUUUAUGAGACUUAUAUACCGCUUUAAGUGCAAGCACUCUCUAAGUGGUGUACACCAGUAAGCAAUGUAUUU